UCGCACACAGGCAUGUCUACACAUAACCUAAAAAAUGUGACAGUUCUUCCAAGCAAAGUGAACAUCAAAAUUAACACAUAUCCUCAUUGUGUGUAUAUAAAAGUGGGUUUAAAAUGGCAAAUAAAAAACGAAAAUCAAAACUAGUCGAAAAUCCAAUGGACCCUCUGGCACCUAUCCAAACAAAAUCAUCAUUACUAAAAUCAUCCUCACAAUUCAAUGCAACUGUAUACGAAGCCCCGAAACCUAAAACCAAACAAAAACAAACCACAAACGAAGAGUCUCCUAUAAAACUAGUACCAGAAGACCGUAAAGAAAUCGACAUGAAAAAAGCCAGGUUCGAAAUAAUGAAGUUUGGUAUAUCUGGAUUCGAUACUAAAAAGAAAGAAGAGGCUAAAGUUCAACUUGCUAUUAAACUAGGAGCUAAACCACCGAAGAACAAGUACAAGAAUUACAAAGAACUCAUAAGCGAGAAAAAGAAAAACCAGGCUGUUUUGGAAAAGGAGAAGAAUUUGCAACAAUUGGGUAAGAAUGUUUUUGGCUUGUCCAACGCUAAAGGUAAAAGCUUUGAGAGGAAACGCAAGAAGGAACGAGGAGGCUUGUUGGAGGUGUAUGGAACUGUUAAACCGAAGCGGAGGAGACAUUAAAUAUAUGCAUGUAAAUAUAAUAAAUAAAUAUAUUUAUAUAUAUA